CAUUCGUGGGGGGGAAAGACUUGAUGAUCUUUGAACAGCCUGCAUCUGCGCAGGCGUAGCCGAGUAUCUGCUGACCCUCGACCAUAGCGGCGAAGAGGAGCAGCAUGAGCGCAGGGAGCUUAUUGAGGUGGGCGAGCAUCUUUGGCAGGCGUGUGGGGGAGAGGACGGUAGUCGCGGAGGAGUGGCCUUUAUGUAGCUUCGCACAUCGGGCGAUCGCGACGGUCGUCGCCCGAACGGAGCAAGCGGCCCGACGGUUGAGAAGUGAGGAAGAUAGGAUGGCUGCAUUCUCACGGCCCGUAUCCGGCCGGCCCGCCAAGGAUCGAUCGUCAGCCGUCUCCCACACGGAGAUCGCGCACGGACAUUGCCAGCCACAAAGAGAAAGACAGAUGGUCACGAGAAGGAACAAGCCAUUCGAGGAUGCGGCGGUGCCGCUGCAGAGCAAGCUUGGCAACCUGCUGCCUAGAACGUCGCGGCACGGCGCACGAGGUCAACACCAUCUCUCCGGCUCUUCGGCGACACGACUCACUGUGCCAGCGAUCCUACAAGUCGCACCAGCGCUGGUAGGGUCCGCCAUUGAAGCACUUGUUGGCGGCAUCGACUCCAUCACAGUCUGUACAUUUGCCGCCGCCCUUCGACUCGCGGCAAACUUUUCCCCCCGGUUCUUUGCUGAAGUACGCCGUGGCGCCACCCAUGCCUUGGGCGCCCAUGUUGGCGGGAAUGGCUUUUGUGCGAGUCUUACAUGCAGCAUCACUGCACGUAUACCCGAGUAUUUCAUCCGCUCCCUUGGAGGACGGGGCCAGGACGAGGAAGAGGGUGAGCAGGAUAGCGAGGUAGGUGCGCGCGAGCAUGCUUGGCUUGUUGGUAACCAGGGCGGUCCAAGUGGAAGUGUGCUUUGGUCAACAGGCAAAAUGCAGGUGACCGCUGGAGGGGCUCAGAUAGUAUCAUUCAAGGGUCAAGGGCUUGAUCGUGGGAGGGGACUGUAACAUUUGACGCCUACAGCUGGCCAGCGAUGGGUGAGGUGCGGGCGGGCCGAUGGUGAGAACCCAAGCGAGGAACCCCGCAACCAGCGCUGCGCGAAUCGCGAGAGAGGGCACGUCGCUCCACGAUCGGAGCAGUGACAUCGAGCUGGCGCAGCAAGGGAGCUGCCGGAGCGACUGGGAAGGGCGGUGUAAGCCCCGUGUCUCGGUCUACCGUAGGCUCUUACAGCUACUCACUCAGUCAAGGGCAAACCUUCUGGUAGGGGCCCUUUUGAAAGCACUGCUCAAGGAUUCCUGCUCCGCUGCCCAGCGUAAGGGCAAAGCGGCUGAUCAAUACCGUGGCCCUCGUCCGAAAACGCCAAAGGCUCCUAACCGUAGCAACGCGACUCAAGAGGCGCAGUGCAGGGGCCACGCCCGACGCUCAUAACGUGGUC